CCGUUCUACUGGAAAAAGAACCCAGGCACCUGGCUCGCUCUCCGCUUCUCUCUGCUUGUCGUCCUCCACGGUCUUUCUUGCUUCGAGCCUAAGAAAAGCUGCUGCGCCCUGCCGCCUAGGGUUCCGUCGCAGAGCCCCAAAAUAUCUUCAAUCUCCUCGGGAAGUACCCAAUUCGGAUUUGCAUUUCAGCUUGUAAUCUACAAAUGGCUGUCCCUAAGUAAUCUUGAGGAAGAACAGUAAAUCCCUGGAGUGAAAACGCGGGUUGCGAUUUGCUCGAAAAUCUUUGCCCCGCUCUCGAUCUCUUCCCACUUCGGGCCAUGGAGGACGACUCCUUCACUAACCUCCCUACUAGCCACUUGCUUGGCUCGGUGCCCGCUGUGGUCACUGAAGAAAAGAGUCCCAAAAACUAUGAAGUCCCUGAAGCAAGUAUGCAGACGUUCCCUCCAGCUAGUAAUGCACGUGGUGGCGGAGUAGGCAGCAGUAGCAGCAACAGGGGUUAUCAGACCAUGGAAGCUCCUACUGAUGGAGUUGAACAGCAAGGACCACCGACCACUUGGAAGGGGGUAUUUAGUGUCUCAUCAUAUGUACAAUACUUCAAUGUCGAUACCGACAUUGUUGUGAACAGAUUGAUGAGCUCUUUCUAUCCUAUAGGUGGGGAUUUUUUCAGCAAGAUCGACGCCAAUCCAGACUUAUAUGGACUAGUUUGGAUAGCAACGACAUUGGUGUUCCUGCUGUCUGCUCUAGGAAACUGUGCCACCUAUCUCAUUCUGAAACAUGCAGACAGCAGUGCUUCCUGGAGCUUUGAUGUUGGAUAUGUUAAUGCCGCGGCAGUCUCGAUCUAUGGCUAUGCGAUCAUUGUGCCUCUGGGAUUUUACUUCUUGCUUCGGUAUCUUGAAUUGAGUGCAAGCCUGAUACGGUUCUGGUGCAUGUGGGGAUACUCUCUCUUCAUCUUUGUCCCAUGUUCUGUAAGUACCCCGCCUGGUGUCAAUCCACCAUUGGUAUUAUUGUUUUCUCUUACAAAGUUUUACCUUAUCAUCUUGUGCAUGCGGUACUGUAAAUAUUUGCAGGUGCUGCUGGUUAUCCCAGUUGAGUUCCUGAGGUGGUUGAUCAUACUGGGUGCUGGAGUUGAUUCAGCAUGCUUCGUCACUGCAAACCUCAAGACAUUUGUUGGAGGAGGCGAUCUCAAUAUUGUCUUGGUUGCUUCGUUUCUACUGCAACUGGCACUGGCAAUCUUCAUCAAGGCUUGGUUUUUCCCCUGAGCAGGUAACCUCCCCCAUGCAUUACUAGUUUGCAAGUGAUCGGUAGUUUGGGACUUCGAAGUUCGUUCGAUUCAUAUUCUGUUGUGAGCUGUGCCAUAAAAUAGGAGUGAUAGUUGAGUUUGUCCUCUUGGGGCUGACGAGUUGAACUGAAAAAUAUGGGGCUUGUAUGCAUAGUCUGCAGUAAUUCUUAGGAGACGUUGGAUAGGGAGACAAACCCAGAUGAAAGCUUUUCUUUUCAUUUUUUUUCUAGUCCACCCGAACGGAUGUCUUUGUUGGAGUUUGAAUAUUGUGCACAAAUCUGUAAAUACACAAAUCCCUCUAUUUACCGUCUCCGAUGGCUGCUUGCUUUUGUAUGGUUGUACUUUACCAUGAUAUAAUCUGGUUGAUAAUCACACUACACUACUUUGCUGCUUCUAUAUACUGGAUAAUAGAAAUGCAGACCAUGGUGUUUGUCUUUGGAUGUACACUAUAGGGCUGAAGUCUAAUUCUAAACCCGACACUU